CUCUAGGGGAGUUACGUUAUAAAGGACAUAAUCUACACAUAGACCUCCCCCGGCCAAACCAGUUUUUCCCCCCUCCAAAACAGAAGGAGAAAGGAAAAAAAAAAUGGGGGAAGGGGCGAUCGGUUUUCAAAAGACGAUGAUGAUGAAAUACUACUCUUUUGUCCCUUCAAAAGCCCUACUCAUUAGGCUCAACUUGGUUGUCAUAGCACUCUUCCUCAGCGCCUACGCCGCUCUCGUCCUCCGCCCCUCAUCCUCCCUCUACUUCGAGAAUGCCGGAGUUCUCGUCAGAUGCUCUCUUCGCAACUGUCAAGGUAAGAUGGAAGGUGGGAUCAAGAUGAAAGCCGUACUAGAAGACCCACCACCACAACAACAACAAGGAGCGACCAUCAUGAACAUGAAGCACUCCGGUGCCGGCACCACGAAACCCAACCGAAACGUUUCGAAGCUCGAGGUGCCCAGCUUCAUGUCCUCCAUCGCCGGCCACCGGCGGUCGAGGCUGAAGAUCGGGAUGGUGAACGCGGACGAUGACGACGUCAGCGACUGGGGUCGGGUGGGGGAGGUGGUGCCGAUCAAGUACGAGCGUGUCUCGCCGGAGCUGUUCAAGUGGGAGGAACUUUUCCCGGAGUGGAUCGACGAGGAGGAAGAGAGCGACGUGCCGACGUGUCCGGAGGUGCCGAUGCCGGAUUUCGCGGCGUACGGGAACGUGGACGUGGUGGUGGCAAAAGUGCCAUGCAGGUACCCGGAGGAUUUGUGGGGCCGUGACGUGGCGAGGCUGCAGGUGCACCUGGUGGCGGCCAACGUGGCGGCGAGGAAGGGGCGGAGGGACUGGAGCUGGCGGACGAAAGUGGUGCUGUGGAGCAAGUGCCGGCCGAUGGUGGAGCUUUUCCGGUGCGACGAGAUGGUGGCGAGGGAAGGAGACUGGUGGUUCUACCAGCCGGAGAUGACGAGGCUGGAGCAUAAGGUUUCGCUGCCGGUUGGCUCCUGUAAGCUGUCGCUGCCGUUGUGGGCCCAAGGCACCGACGAGGUCUACGACCUCUCCAAGAUCCAAACAUCAACCAAAACGGUGCGGAAAGAAGCAUACGCCACCGUCCUCCACUCCUCGGAGACCUACGUCUGCGGCGCCAUCACCCUGGCCCAGUCCCUCCUCCAAACCGGAACCAAACGCGACCUCAUCCUCCUCCUCGACGCCUCCAUCUCCCACCCCAAACGCGCCGCACUCGCCGCCGCGGGGUGGCAGCUCCGCCUCAUCACUCGCAUCCGCAACCCACGCGCCGAGAAGCACUCGUACAACGAGUACAACUACAGCAAGUUCCGCCUCUGGCAGCUCACCGACUACGACAAGGUCAUCUUCAUCGACGCCGACAUCAUCGUCCUCCGCAGCCUCGACCUCCUCUUCCACUUCCCCCAGAUGUCCGCCACCGGGAACGACAACUGGAUCUUCAACUCCGGCAUCAUGGUCCUCGAGCCUUCCAACUGCACCUUCCAGAUCCUCAUGGACAAGCGGUCGGAGAUCGUAUCCUACAACGGCGGCGACCAGGGGUUUUUGAACGAGGUUUUCGUGUGGUGGCACCGCCUCCCCAGGCGCGUGAACUACCUCAAGAACUUCUGGGCCAACACGACCAACGAGGCGACCGUGAAGAACGAGAUGUUCGGGUCGGAACCCGCGAAGGUGUACUCGAUCCAUUACUUGGGGUUGAAGCCGUGGAAUUGUUAUAGGGAUUACGAUUGUAAUUGGAACGUUGGGGACCAGAGGGUUUACGCGAGUGACGUGGCGCAUGAGCGGUGGUGGAGGUUUCACGACGCCAUGGAUUCCGGGUUGCAGAGGUUUUGCGGGCUGAGUAAGCAGAGGAAGAUUGAGCUGGAUUGGGAUCGGCGGAUGGCGAGGAAAGCUGGGUUUGUUGAUCAGCAUUGGAAGAUUAAUGUCACUGAUACGAGAAGGAAGCAUUUGGUUUCCUGAUUGCUGUGGAAACUGGAAAGAAAGGGAGGGGGGGGGGAUUCUUUUUCUUUUUUUAAUUACUAUACUUUUUGUUUCGUUUUUUCUUUUCUUUUUUUUUAUCGAGGGGUAAUAAUAUUUUUACUUGUAAAAUUCAGGUUGUU